AUGACAAAGGCAUCAGCUUCCCCAGAUCUAGAUUUAUAUCCAGCCCCAUCUUAUGAUGAAGCGGAUUCCCAUUCCUCAGGCUUAUUUUUGGAUAAUGAGAAUCAUGAUCCUUUAGUAUAUAUUCCUUCUGGUGAAUCUUCGGAAGCUCCUGCUACAAGAAUUUCUUCCAGAUUAUCAGAUGGAGUACCAGUUGCUAUUUUGGCUCAAUUUUCUUAUCACGAAAAUAAUCAACUCUUUGAAAACAAUUUUAAGCAACAUGCUGUAGAUGAACCACCUUCUACAGACUCUGCAUUGGUGGAACAAGUUUCUCAAAUGGCUACUCAAAUGAGCAAUUUGAGUACGAGAGCUGGCGGCAAAACUAGAACUCUUUCUUCUGGUGCAAAGUAUAGCGUUCCUGAUCCUUUGCCUAAAAGUGAAUCUUGGCAUACUUCUUCUGAAAAGAAUUCCAGUAUCGAUUUACAUAAUAACUUGCAAAAGCAUGACAGCGAUAAUUCCUACAAGAUGGGAAUCUUAGCUGAGGAUGCUAGUGAACAGUUGUUAGAAGAUCCUUCACCCGAAUUAAUCGGUUUAUAUUCAAAUGUUAGAGAAUGUAGAACUGUUAGAGAGAAAUAUCAAAACUUAUCUUUACAAAAAGACUUCCAAAACCCUAACAAUAGCCCAAACUGGAAAGUUUAUCCACCUCCACCUCAACCUUCUUAUGAUCCUGAAACAAAGACUGUGUCAAAGACACUUAGAGUUCCAGAUGCGGAAAUUUUUGAUAUUAAUAAGUGUGACAUUCCAGGUGAAGAUUUAGAGUGGGAUUUUAAUAUAAAUGAUGAUGAUUCUUACAUUGUUCAUAAGAUCAAUGAUGAGAAAAGUUUAAUUGCAAAUAUACCUACUUUAAGGGAUUAUUAUUCUGAUUUAGAUAAAAUGAUUGCCAUUUCUUCUGAUGGCCCUGCUAAAUCAUUUGCAUUUAGAAGGCUACAAUAUUUAGAAGCUCGUUGGAAUCUAUAUUAUUUAUUGAAUGAAUAUAGAGAAACAAAUGUUUCAAAGAAAAAUCCACAUAGAGAUUUUUAUAAUGUCAGAAAAGUAGAUACUCACGUUCAUCAUUCUGCCUGUAUGAACCAAAAACAUUUAUUAAGAUUCAUUAAAUAUAAAUUGAGAAAUUCUGGUAAUGAAAAAGUCAUAUUCAGAGAUGGUAAGGUUUUAACAUUAUCAGAGGUAUUCCAAUCUUUAAAUUUAACUGGUUAUGAUCUUUCUAUUGAUACUCUAGAUAUGCAUGCUCAUAAAGAUACUUUCCAUAGAUUCGACAAAUUUAAUUUGAAAUAUAAUCCGAUUGGUGAAUCUCGUCUAAGAGAAAUAUUUUUAAAGACUAAUAAUUAUAUCAAAGGGUCUUAUCUAGCAGAAAUUACUGGCCAAGUUAUUAAUGAUUUAGAAUAUUCCAAAUAUCAAAAUUGUGAAUAUAGAAUUUCCAUCUAUGGUAGAUCAAUGGAUGAAUGGGAUAAAUUGGCAAGCUGGAUUGUUGAUAAUAAAUUAAUAUCACACAAUGUACGUUGGUUAAUUCAAAUUCCACGUUUAUAUGAUAUUUAUAAACGAACCGGUAUCAUUAAGAAUUUCCAAGAUGUUUGUAAGAAUAUUUUCCAACCAUUAUUUGAAGUUACUAAAAAUCCUCAAUCUCAUCCUAAAUUACAUAUUUUUUUACAACGUGUAAUUGGGUUUGAUUCUGUUGAUGAUGAAUCUAAAGUAGAUCGUAGAUUUCAUAGAAAGUAUCCCAAACCAUCUUUAUGGGAAUCUGCUCAGAAUCCUCCAUACUCUUAUUACUUGUAUUAUUUAUAUUCAAGUAUGGCAUCAUUAAAUCAAUGGAGAGCUAAAAGAGGGUUUAAUACAUUGGUAUUACGUCCACACUGUGGUGAAGCUGGUGAUCCAGAACAUUUAAUUUCUGCUUAUAUGCUAGCUAAAGGUAUUUCUCAUGGUAUUUUAUUAAGAAAAGUUCCAUUUGUUCAAUAUUUAUAUUAUUUGGAUCAAGUUGGCAUUGCCAUGUCACCAUUAUCAAAUAAUGCAUUAUUUUUAACGUAUGAUAAAAAUCCAUUCCCACAUUAUUUCAAAAGAGGUUUAAAUGUUUCAUUAUCUACCGAUGAUCCAUUACAAUUUUCCUAUACAAGAGAACCAUUAAUUGAAGAAUAUUCAGUUGCAGCACAAAUUUAUAAAUUAUCUAAUGUUGAUAUGUGUGAAUUAGCAAGAAAUUCUGUUUUACAAAGUGGUUGGGAAGCUCAAAUUAAAGAGCAUUGGCUAGGUAAAAAUUUUAGAAAAGAAGGUGUUGAUGGUAACGAUGUUACAAAGACAAAUGUUCCAAACGUUAGAAUUAAUUUUAGACAUGAUACGUUGGCAACAGAAUUAGAAUUAAUGGAACAUUUUGCUAAUUUUAAACAAGAUAUCUAA